CUCACUUUCAAAUGCGAACGUCAUUAUUUCGAUAAUGAUGCUAAAAGUGUUAAUUCUUAUUUUGCCAUUCACCCGAGCCGUGAAUGAAUACUGUAAGAUUUGUGAGAAUGGUACACAUACCCUGUGCAAAUAUAAAAAAGGUCCUUCAAAGGCAUGUGUAGACUACAAGACCUUGAAUUUAAGUGAAGACUUGAAAGAGUACAUAGUCAGCAUACACAACGACAUCAGGAACCAUGUAGCUUCAGGGCAAGAGACAAAAGGAGGCCUUGGAAGACAGCCCUCUGCUGCUAAUAUGAAUAUGCUGGAAUGGGACGAUGAACUAGCUGCUGUGGCUCAAAGAUGGGCUGAUCAAUGCAUCCCUAUCAAUGAGACGAUACAGCACGAUAUAUGUAAAAGAUCCAUAUCAAUCUGUGAAGCUGCGAUAAAUGUUCUGCGAGCUCGUCAUUGACACAGUGAGAGCUCUUUGGCAAUAUUAUAUAAAAUUCAUAAGCGAGCCACUAAGUUAUUUUUGAUUUCCUUUCUUUAGAACGUUUUGAAGUGGGACAAAACGUAAUAACUGCUGUAACAGCCGAUCAAGACUUUCCAGAACUAGCUGCCCUAAUUUUACAUUGGUAUAAACAAGUUGGCAACGUUAUACCUUCAGAUAUAGAUCAUUUUUCUGGCAUCAAAAGAGGCCAGUUCAUGAUAGGCCAAUACACGCAACUGGUGUGGGCUAAAACGAGAUAUAUCGGAUGUGGCAUAUCAAUAUUUCUGGACAUACAGUCUUCAACGCCAAAGAAAAAGUUUUACAACCACAGAUUGGUUUGCAACUAUGGGCCUGCCGGAAAUAUUCUCGGACAUACUGUAUAUCAAAAAGGAAUACCAUGUUCUAAAUGUGCUUGGGGCCAAUGUGACAUCUUUAGAACUAGUCUAUGUACGAGUAAAGAUGAUCGGAAAAAAAUACAGAACAACAAAAGAACCUUAAGUCAGCCAUGUUUUAACAUGAUUCAGGGACAAAAUUCAACUGAAACAAUAUACCUUUCACCUAGCGAUGCACUAUCAAACGUGCAUAUUGCUAUCAAGAAUAACAAAAGGCAUGUGGUGUUUAGUAAAAACAGAGAUGUGAAACAUGGCAGAGUUAGAGUAAAAAAGAAUGUGAAUCUAACAGAUUUAAGUCAAGAGUAUCGAAGAAGUUCAGUGAAUGUUGUUGAUCUGUUAGAUACAACAAAAAGUCCAAUAUCUGACAUAAAUGGAAAAAUAUUUGGUAUGUCAGAAGAAGGCGGAAGAAUGAAAGGAGGCAGUGCCCACGAAGAAAGUGUGAAAAAUCGUCCUGUUGAUGAGAUCUAUGGCAAGCACGAAAAACGGUUCGUACGGGCAGAUUUAGGUCCAAUAAGUAAUGGAGACGAUUGCGUGUGUCUAUUUCGCCUAGAAUAGAUGCAUUUUGAAUACACAUUUGAAAAAUAAAGGAGUUAUUUACAUUACCAUAACCUAUGCACAAACCAGUCUUAUGUGUUUGACUUACUGUUUUGUGGCACAACACAAACUUGUUUUUAAAACAAAAAUGAAGAAAACUCCUGUAAAAUGUUUGAGCAUUUUCUGUUAUUUAAGUAUAGAUGGCGCUCACAAUACUAUAUGAAGUCAUAGACAUGAGUGUUAGCCCGGUAGUUAGUACUAUUUAAACUGUCAUUUGUCAAUAAUAAUAAUAAAUCC